CGAGGCCGGGCGCGGGAGGCGGCGGCGGCGGCCCCGGGAGCUGCCGAUCGGCGCCGGGACAAAGGCGCGGCCGCCCGGCGCCCCGAGCAGCCCGAGCCGGGGCGCACAGCCGGGGCGCAGCCCGCGCCCCCCGCCGCGACUGACAUGAUGUUUCCACAAAGCAGGCAUUCGGGCUCGUCGCACCUCCCCCAGCAACUGAAAUUCACCACUUCGGACUCCUGCGACCGCAUCAAAGAUGAGUUUCAGCUGCUGCAGGCUCAGUACCACAGUCUGAAACUCGAAUGUGACAAGCUGGCCAGCGAGAAGUCGGAGAUGCAGCGUCAUUACGUGAUGUACUACGAGAUGUCCUACGGCUUGAACAUCGAGAUGCACAAGCAGGCUGAAAUCGUCAAGAGGCUGAAUGGGAUCUGUGCCCAGGUCCUGCCCUACCUUUCCCAAGAGCACCAGCAGCAAGUCUUGGGAGCCAUCGAGAGGGCUAAGCAGGUCACUGCUCCUGAGCUGAACUCCAUCAUCCGACAGCAGCUCCAAGCCCACCAGCUGUCCCAGCUGCAGGCUCUGGCCCUGCCUCUGACCCCACUGCCUGUGGGGCUGCAGCCCCCUUCUCUGCCGGCGGUCAGUGCAGGCACCGGCCUCCUCUCGCUGUCGGCGCUGGGCUCCCAGGCCCACCUCUCCAAGGAAGACAAGAAUGGGCAUGACGGUGACACCCACCAGGAGGAUGAUGGCGAGAAAUCGGAUUAGUGGGCGGCUGGGAUGGGGGUGGGGAGACAGACACGGAGAGAGAGGAAGAUUCAGCGUAAGACACAGUAUAGCUCGGGAUUGGCUCAACUCUGGUAGUAUUUAUGGUAGCCGCCUGCUGGGGCCCUCGCCCUGCUUGUGUGCCACCCCCUGACUUGGCUCCUACCCCCGACUCCCAGCCUCCCUCCUCCUCCCCUGCAGCCUGAAUGGGUCAAUACCCGGUCAUACCACAGAUGAGGCAAGCUGAGGCCUGGAGGCACAAGUGGGAGGCCAGGUCAGAAGGGAGCAAGACCUCAAGAGGUCCAACACCCCCUGCACUUCCCCAAUUCGCACACCUGUAACUGACAGUCUGCCCGCUGGCCCCACCCCCCACCCUCCCCGGGGCACACCCUGGCCUCACACCCUGGCACUGCAUGCAAACACAAUGCUAGCUGCCCCUCCCUGCCCUGGGCGCCCCACGUCUCCCCCUCCCACUCACUCACCCUCUGCUAGUUCCCACCGCCCACGCCCACCUAGUCCUGUCCCCUCACCCAUGAAAGAAAGAGGGGCCACGGACAGCAAGCUUUGCCCGGGGAACAGGGUGGGGUGGGCGACCCAGAAUUCCCUGUCUCCCCUUCCCAAAUAAAGAUGAGGGUACUCAAGUUGUCUUGGUUUUUAUUUUUUAUUUUUCCUUUUUCCAGUAUACUAGCUUGUCUUUUAAGAAAAGGGAUAUUAAAAAAAAAAAGACAGAAAAAUGUUAAAAAAAAAAAAAAAAAAAAAGCAACACCCACACCUGUGUCUGUAUAUAGCCUUUUAGACUGUCAGCCUUUGUUGUGUUCAGUUGUUUGAUCUCUACGGAGAGAAGUGAAAAUGCUGUAUCGAGGGUGGGCUUAGCUGUGCCUUUCAAAUAAAGAUGUGAGAAGGUUGGUUGCCGUG